AUCAGAACCCCGGCCAGCCGUCUGGCCCGCCAGUAAAUUCUUUAUUAUCGUCCCAGAUCAACCGGCCUCUGUUUACUGUUCUUCCAAAACCCUCACACUUCUCAGUCCAACUCUUCUGCGAUGGCGAAUGAACCGAGGAAGCCGGAAAUGUUGACGCCGGUCUAUUACUCGGUGAUGGUUCUGGUGUUCGUGCUCGUAGCUUGCGUCGAGCUCGGCGAUGCCGUCGCCGCCGUCGACGUCUACCGGCUCGUCCAGUAUGAUCUUUCCGGCGUCCCCUAUGGAUCUCGCAUCGCCUCGCUCAACCAUCACGCCGGCUCCUCGUUAUUAUCCCCGGGUGACGGCUCCUUUGCCGAUCUAUCACGAUCGGUUAUCAUGCUUCCGCUUCGUGAACUGAAUCUCACUCUCAUCAAAGAAUAUAUUGGACAGAAUAAGCUUUUAGGGGGUUUACUGUUGUUACUCCCUCCAAAAUUUAGUCCAGAUAACCUGGACACUGCUGGUGGAGCUGAUGUUAAUUCUGAAAUAGACCUCACAAGGAACAUAUUGAAUGAGCUGGAGCAGUUGCUUAUUCAUGUCAACAUCCCGUAUCCCGUUUAUUUUGCUUUCGAGGAUGAUAAUAUCAAUUCUGUACUAGCUGAUAUCAAGAGAAGUGAUGAUGCUCUUGGUCAGCCUGCAACAGCCACAACAGGCGGAUUCAAGUUUGUUGUUUCUGCUCGAGAACCAAAGAAAAUUGCAUCUCCCACCAUUUCAAAUAUUCAGGGAUGGUUACCUGGCUUGAAAAGUGAUGGAGAGAGCCAACUCCCAACUAUUGCCAUAGUUGCAUCAUAUGACACAUUUGGAGCUGCACCAGCAUUGUCUGUUGGGAGUGAUAGUAAUGGAAGUGGUGUUGUGGCACUUCUUGAAUUAGCUAGGUUGUUUUCCAUUCUUUAUUCAAAUCCCAAAACAAGAGGCAGGUACAAUUUACUUUUUGGGUUGACAUCUGGCGGACCUUAUAACUACAAUGGAACUUAUAAGUGGCUUCGGAGUUUUGACCAACGUUUACGUGAGAGUAUAGAUUAUGCUAUUUGCUUGAAUAGCAUUGGCUCAUCUAACAACGACUUAUGGAUGCAUGUGUCUAAACCUCCCGAAAAUGCGUACAUAAAGCAAAUCUUUCAGGGCUUUUCUAAUGUUGGAGAAGAAUUGGGGGUUAAAGUUGGUCUUAAACACAAGAAAAUCAAUAUCUCUAAUCCUCGAGUAGCCUGGGAGCACGAACAAUUCUCAAAGCUAAGAGUGACUGCUGCAACCCUUUCUGAACAUUCUGCUCCACCUGAAUUGCUAGAAAGUACCGGAGGUCUCGCUGAUAACAGACAUUCUGUCAGUGAAGCCUCAAUCAUUCAGGGUGUCAAGCUUGUUGCCAAAAGUUUAGCCAAGCACAUCUACGGCCAUGAGGGGAAGAACAUUAACAUAUUUGCAGAUGGUAGUAGCUUAGCUAUCAAUCCCUUUUAUAUACGUUCUUGGAUGGAUCUGCUAUCAACAACACCUCGAGUGGCACCAUUCCUCUCAAAAAAUGAUCCACUUAUCAUGGCAUUAAAAAAGGAAUUAGCUGAUCAUACUGCUGAUGUCAGUGUACAGCAUGAGGUGCUUGAUGGAAUGUUCACCUUUUACGACUCAACAAGUAGCAAAUUGCAUAUAUAUCAGGUUGCCAGCGUGACAUUCGACUUGCUUUUGCUAUUAGCGCUAGGAUCAUACUUGAUUACCCUUUUCUGUUUUCUAGUAAUCACAACCAGGGGUCUUGAUGAUCUCAUCAGUAUAUUUCGCCGACCACCCUCCCGAAAGGUGAAAACUGCCUAAUUAGUGAAGCAGGAUUUAUAGCAGAGGGGAGUGGGAAUCAUGGCAGAUUUGGCAGGGUAGUCUGGCUUUUCUUGGCCCAAAGUAAAAUUUGCCUCGUCAGUUUUCAUACUCGUUUCUAGUUCAAUCGAAGUACCCACUAGAAGUGAAAAAAAAAUUGUGCUAAAAAGGAGAUAUCCGGUCUAACUUUGGAGGAUGGAGGGAAUUAGUUUUCUGAUAACAAAUUUUGUUGUGUACUGUGUAAUCUUAUUGCCUGGCUUUUCAAUAGGGCCCUGCAUUUUUAGCCACAUUUUUAUAAGGGUUUUGUAAUUUUUGUUUGCUUGUUUUAGGAAGUUAAAAGACAGGUUGGAAGAAAUGAUUAAUGACUACUUUGAUAAACUCUUAACUCUAUAAAGGGAUCAUGCUACUCUGCUA